GGGACCACCCACCGAGGGGCGGGGAGCGAGGGAGGCCCGCCCGGCCCGGCCCUCGAGGCGGUGAGCUCCAGCUCUUCGGCGCACGCCCCCCGGGGGACCUCUGUAACUUCCAAUGGCUGCGAACCUCAGUGACUUCCAACCCUGAAACGAAGACUCCCUUGCAGUCUCCGACCUGGACGGAGGGACCCCGGGGAAGAGGCGGCCCUGAGACGGGGGGUGGUGACCCAGACCCUCGGGACCGGGUCUGGGUCCGCGUCCCCGCCCCGACCAUGACCCAGUGACCCGGUGACUCGAUUCGCGGUUUUGGAAGCCACCCGGGUGCCGGUGGUGUUUUUCCGGCUCCAGCCUUUUAAACCUGCCUCUCAGCUGAGCACCUGUGGGCCGCUGGCACUGCCGUCUGCGGUGCCCACUGCGUCGGGCUGCGCACGGGUGUCCACCCCUGGCCCUUCUGGGAGCGAUGGGUUUUGCAUUCGCGCACUGCGCGGUGCUUGGCACAGAUUAAGCGAGUGGCCAGUAAAUGGCAGAGGGUUAUUUUGAGAAGAGAGUGACGGCGCCUGACCUGUUGGCGCUGAGUGCUGGCUUUUAUCAUCGUGGGGAUGCCAUAGGCAGGAUAUUGGGCUCUCGUCUCAGGGCACUGGGGUGGGGGGUGGGGGGUAGGAGAGGAGACAAAACCGUGAAGCCACAAUUACAGCCCUGUGUUGGGUGCUAUGGGAGUCCAGCUUAAAAUGGCAGGAACCCGGCCAUGGUGAACGAACCCAGAGGGGACGGUGGCCCCACGUCCCGCUCGGAGGGCAGCAGCAGUGGCAGCGAGAGCUCCAAGGAUAGUUCGAGAUGUUCCACGCCGGGGCUGGACCCCGAGCGCCACGACAGACUCAGGGAGAAGAUGAGGCGGAGGAUGGAAUCUGGUGACAAGUGGUUCUCCCUAGAAUUCUUCCCUCCUCGGACCGCUCAGGGAGCCGUCAAUCUCAUCUCGAGGUUUGAUCGGAUGGGGGCAGGUGGCCCCCUCUUCAUAGAUGUGACCUGGCACCCGGCAGGGGAUCCCGGCUCAGACAAGGAGACCUCCUCCAUGGUGAUCGCCAGCACCGCCGUGAACUACUGUGGCCUGGAGACCAUCCUGCACAUGACCUGCUGCUGUCAGAGCCGGGAACAGAUCACAGGCUAUCUGCACAAGGCCAAGCGGCUGGGCCUGAAGAACAUCUUGGCGUUGAGGGGAGACCCCGUGGGUGACCAGUGGGAAGAGGAGGAAGGAGGCUUCAGCUAUGCUGCAGACUUGGUGAGGCACAUCCGAAGCGAGUUUGGAGACUACUUUGACGUCUGUGUGGCAGGUUACCCCAAAGGCCACCCCGACGCAGGGAGCUUUGAGGCCGACCUGAAGUACUUGAAGGAGAAGGUAUCUGCAGGAGCCGACUUCAUCAUCACCCAGCUUUUCUUUGAGGCUGACACAUUCUUCCACUUUGUUAAGGCUUGCAGCGAGAUAGGCAUUACCUGCCCCAUCCUCCCCGGAAUCUUUCCUAUCCAGGGCUACCACUCCCUUCGGCAGCUUGUGAAACUGUCCAAGCUGGAGGUACCGCAGCAGAUCAAGGACGUGAUCGAGCCAAUCAAAGACAAUGACGCUGCCAUCCGCAACUAUGGCAUCGAGCAGGCUGUGAGCCUGUGCCAGGAGCUUCUGACCAGUGGCUUGGUGCCAGGCCUCCACUUCUACACCCUCAACCGCGAGAUGGCCACCACAGAGGUGCUGAAGCGCCUGGGCAUGUGGAUUGAGGACCCCAGGCGUCCCCUGCCCUGGGCUGUCAGUGCCCACCCCAAGCGCCGGGAGGAGGACGUGCGUCCCAUCUUCUGGGCCUCCAGACCAAAGAGUUACAUCUACCGCACCCAGGAGUGGGAUGAGUUCCCCAACGGCCGCUGGGGCAAUUCCUCCUCUCCAGCCUUCGGGGAGCUGAAGGACUACUACCUCUUCUACCUGACGAGCAAGUCCCCGAGGGAGGAGCUGCUGAAGAUGUGGGGGGAGGAGCUGACCGGGGAAGAAAGCGUCUUUGAAGUCUUUGCCUGCUACCUCUCGGGAGAGCCCAACCAGAAUGGCUAUAAGGUGACUUGCCUGCCCUGGAAUGACGAGCCCUUGGCGGCCGAGACCAGCCUGAUGAAGGAGGAGCUGCUUCGAGUGAACCGGCAGGGCAUCCUCACCAUCAACUCCCAGCCCAACAUCAACGGGAAGCCAUCCUCCGACCCCAUUGUGGGCUGGGGCCCCAGUGGGGGCUAUGUCUUCCAGAAGGCCUACUUGGAGUUCUUUACUUCCCGUGAGACGGUGGGGGCGCUUCUGCAGGUGCUGAAGAAGUACGAGCUCCGGGUUAAUUACCACAUCGUGGAUGUGAAGGGUGAAAACAUCACCAAUGCCCCCGAGCUACAGCCCAAUGCAGUCACUUGGGGCAUCUUCCCUGGGCGAGAAAUCAUCCAGCCUACAGUGGUGGAUCCUGUCAGCUUCAUGUUCUGGAAGGAUGAAGCCUUUGCCCUGUGGAUCGAGCAGUGGGGCAAGCUGUACGAGGAGGAGUCUCCGUCCCGCAUGAUCAUCCAGUACAUCCACGACAACUACUUCCUGGUCAACCUGGUAGAUAACGAGUUUCCGCUGGACAACUGCCUGUGGCAAGUGGUAGAAGACACGUUUGAGCUUCUCAACAGACCCGGGCCAGAGCAGGAGACAGAGACCCUGUGAUCCCGUGCCCUGAUGUUCUUGGCCUGAGGCCACUCGUGUCCUGCCUUCCUCCUCCCCAGUCCUGGUUUUCCUGGGGACCCCUCUUCUCCUUCAUCUCUGGCCUCCACUCCUCACACGGUGAUGGCAGCUAGACUUGGUGUGAGGCUUGCCGGCUCUGGCUGGACCUGAGUCCACCCCACGUCGGAACGGGGCGUUUGUGGCUCAGCCUAGUGCUCUUUGGUGAGAAGCACCCCCCUCCUGCAGAGGACCGUGGCGGGGUGGAACAGCAUCUUCCCUGAGAAGGAGAGAGGAUGGUUGUUGCCGACGGAGGCCUCGAACCAGGGCAGCCCCUGGGAGCCGGCCUGGGGCUGCCAGUGACCUUGCACUUGGGACCCACGGGGAUGGCAAAGCGAACCUGGGUAGCGGGCACAGGCAGUGCUGCAGAAGAGACGUAGAGCGAGGGCGCUGCACCCUCAUCUCUGAGGUGUUGGCCGCCGGGCACUUAAGUGCUCAUGGGCGGGAGGAGCAGACCACUGCCCUGCCCACCUGCCCGUCUGGCCGCGUCCCAGGCCUCCAGACAGGCCUUGGCCUGAAACGUGAUAGCGUGGGCAUUUCUUGCCAGCGUCUGCCUGCGAGCCAGCCGGGCUUUCACCUUUCCACAAGGCUGCUUUUUGAAAGAGCCAUUUCUAUGUUCUGGCGGCUCAAGAGGGAAAGUGUCUCUUAAAGGUUGAAGGCAUCUAUACCCUUCUACUUGGUGGAGCCCUCGGCCUUUCCUCCCCCCAACCCCCGCCAUGGAGCGCUACCCUGCCUGUUACCGUCAAGGGCAAAGAUAAGGCUCCACUGAA